AUUUGCAUUGCUGAUAAAGCACGAUUCAAUAUGGAUGACUCCGACGAAGAAUUCACACAGUCCCCAAGUACUAAUCAAAACACUUCGACUGGUGGCUCAAGAGCCUCGACAGUAGGACCGAAAGAUGAUGGAAUGGCUAAAAGAACGCGAUCGAGUGCCAAACCUAGAAGUGGUAACAUUAGCGAUUUGAAAGGUGCUAAUGGUGGAUAUGCUUGGGAAGAUGAAAUCCAAAGAUCAUGGGAUAUAGUGAAAGAUGAUGAUGAAGGUGGUUCGCUUGAAACUAUCAUUCAAUCAAUUAUAGAAAACAGAAAGAAAAAAAUCAUGAAAAACCCAUCUACUCCUUUUCAAAGGGGAAUUAUCAGAACUUUGAUAGUAAUAAUAGAUGGAUCCUCGAUAAUGAUUGAAAAAGAUUUGAGACCAACAAGAUUUUCCAUGACAUUAUCGCUACUACAAGAUUUUAUUGUUGAGUUUUUUGAUCAAAAUCCAAUAUCUCAGUUGGGAAUUGUAAUGAUGAGAAAUGGGGUUGCUAACCUUGUCAGUGAAGUUAACGGAUCGCCUCAGUAUCACAUAGACAAGGUUAGACAGCUCAAAGCUCGCCAGCAUAAUAGGUUUGAACCUCAAGGUGAUCCAUCAUUACAAAACUCUCUUGAAAUGGCUCGUUCCAUGUUAGCAUAUAACUUUGGGAGUAAUAUUAAUGAAAACAAGAACUCCAAAGAAAUUUUAGUCAUUUUCGGUGCAUUAUUUACUAGUGAUCCUGGUGACAUCCAUAAAACUAUUGACAAUCUUGUCAAAGAUGAAAUAAAAGUGAAAGUAAUUGGUCUAUCAGCACAAGUUGCAAUUUGUCAAGAAAUAGUAAAUCGAACGAAUUAUUCGAAAUACAAACAUCGAGUAGCUGCAUCAGGUAGCAGUAACUAUUAUGGGGUAAUCAUGAAUGAGGCCCAUUUUAGAGAAUUACUUAUGGAUUCAGUGAUCCCAUUGCCAAUUACAGCAAUUGAAACUGAAAUAGAACAAAAUAGCCCAAAGGGAGUACCCUUAAUAAAAAUGGGGUUUCCCCUGAAAAUACAGCCUUUACAAACGUCGGUUAACUCUUCUGUUACAGUUAAUUUUCCUCAGCUCUGUGCUUGUCAUCCGACCCAAGGGUCUAACGAAUCCAAAAAUGAUUCAGAUCCUAAUCAAAUGAAUGCUUCGUCCGGCGUCAUAGGUUAUCAGUGCCCUCAGUGCAAAAACAAGGUUUGUCAUUUACCAACAAUUUGUCCUAUUUGUGGGCUAAUGCUUAUCUUGUCAACUCAUCUUGCAAGAUCAUAUCAUCAUUUAGUACCGCUCGGCGAAUUCAGAGAAGUACCAGUUUCAAAUACUUACGAGAGUAAAGUUUGUUACGGUUGUUUACUUCGAUUUCCCGAAGGUGUCACCAAAAACAAUGAGAACCAGGCAUUAGAACAUCUCUCUAGUUCUAGAUAUAAGUGUUCUAAAUGCAAAAACGAUUUUUGCAUUGACUGUGAUGUCUUUGUGCAUGAAGUACUACAUAAUUGUCCUGGGUGUGAAAAUAUAUAG